CACUUGAUCAAAGCUGGAGAGCUAUAGAAACAGCAGAUCGUGGGAUAGCUAGCUCACUGGGAUUUGAUUACACACAUAUGAUGGUUGGUGGUUGUGGUCGUCAGUAUCGAAUGGGAACAUCGUUAGGUUUUAUUUUCAAUGAUGAAGGGGUUAUGGUAUCCCUUGAUCAUUCAAAUAUAUUAUCUCCAGAAAACUCUAGGGUUCUUAAUUCGCAUCUGCUUGCCGUGGUUUGUGGAGUUGACAAGUUUCAGUGCCAAGGUUUGAUUCAUUUUCUUCAGCUUAAGCGUUUUCAACUCGAAGAAGGGAGAAGAGCCUCUGCAGCAGAAGCAUCAAAGUGGCUGGCUGACCAUCUGACUUGUAAUCCUUGCUCUGAUUAUGCCUUGUCAGUGGAAGUUCUAAUCGCUGGGUGGGACAACGAAUCGGGACCUGCCCUGUAUCAUGUGCAUGCUCAAGGGAGAAUGUGUAGUAGACCAGCCAUCGGCUCAGGAAUUGCUGCACACGGCUGUGCUUAUCUUAGCCCUCGCGAUUCAUCCGAUUUCCGCUCACCCCGUUUCCUCUCGAAGAGGGGUUCAGGUAAAUCAGUCCGUUAUAAUAUGUCCGUGACUGAAGCUAUAGAGUUGGCCCGAGAUGCUCUGUGUCGUGCUGCUUUACUAGUUCCUGAAAGCCGUAAAUUUUGCAGUGUUUUCCACGUCGGAAGUGAUGGGGUUAAACAUGUACUCGUGGACUAUGAUAUAGGGGAAUGGCAAAAGAAGUACUUACGUGAAGAAGCUGAUGAGAGGGUAAAGAGUUACAUCUAUUACUAA